AUGACCGCCUCUGCUCAGACCAACGGUCACGACAUGUACGAGUCGCUGGCAGAGCGCGGCUAUGCCGAUGUCGUCGGCCACAAGCCCAGCGGUAACCCCCACGCCCACUCGCAACCCCCAACCCACACCAGGGAGAAGUCUCUCUCUGGCACUGGCGCGCUGUCGAAGCCCGACGCCUUUGACGGCCACCACCACAGUCACGGCCCCUCGCGCGGCCUCAGCCCCAGGAGCGUCGGCAAGGCCAUGCUGAGCCGUUUCCUCCGCGCUGUGCGCCGUGGCAACCUGCCGUUCCUUAUCAUCUUCCUGACUGCCCUCUUUGUCUUCUUUGGCGCACUGGCAGGCAUCGGUUAUGUGGACCCCGACAUUGCCAGCAACACGCCCGCGGCAGCGCAGCCCGCGCGAGAGUUCGUCGUCGGCGAGCCCGUGUUCGACCCCAGCGACGCGCAGCUGGAACGUGAGGCCCGCGCCGCCGAGCAGCGUGCCCUUGAGGAGGUUUGGGCAAGGCAGAAGCGCCCCAAUGCUGGAGCUUGGAUGCAGAAGCAGCGCAACGACCGUGCGGUCCGCUUCAAGAUUCUCAACGGCGGCGCGGCGCCUGCUCUUCCUUGGGAGACGGACGAGCGGACCGAGGACGCCGAGGUGGCCUAG